AUGUGUUAUUUGGGAGGGAGGAUUUACUUGCAUUGCGACCUUCUCUACCAUACAGGUGAAUCUGUUGAUGCUUUAUGGUUUGUAGUUCAAGGGUCUUUGGAGGUUAAACAGGAUGAUGAAGUUGUGGCUAUACUCGGGAAGGGAGAUGUUUUUGGAGAUGAAUUUUGGAAACACAAUAGAACCGGUCAAUCAUCGUGUAUGGUUCAGGCAUUAACUUAUUCUGAUUUGCAUUUCAUCAAAAGAGAACCUUUACUUCAAGUUUUAAGCUUUUACAAGCCUUUUGCAAAUUCAUUGGCUCGAAAUUUAGUAUUAACUUACAACUUAACAAAUCGAAUAAAAUUUCGUAAAGUUUUGGAUGUAAAACGAGAACAAGAAUUAGAAGAAAGGCGAAAAAUUGAGAAAUUGGAAAUAGCAACAGACCAUCCAAUUCGGAAAUUACUUCAAAGAAUGCAGGAACGGCAUGCUGGUGGUCUUUCUUGUUUUAAAAAUAAAUAA